AUGGCCCGGAGCGGUUUGACACUACUAUUGCUGCCUCUGAUACUCCUGCUGCUGGCAACCCCUGCCCAGGUUUCCCCCGACUACCAAUACUUCGGCGAGCAGGGAGAAGGGGACACCUGGGAGCAGCUGCGGCUGCAGCAUCUGGAGAAAGACUUGGAAGACUCUGCCCUUGGCCCGUGGGGAAAGUGGCGCUGUUUCUGCGACCUGGGCAAGCAGGAGCGCAGCCGCGAGGUUGUGGGCACAGCGCCGGGCCCGGUGUUCAUGGACCGCGAGAAUCUGGUUCAGGUGCGGCCCUGCCGGCAACGAGAUUGUUCAUCCUGCGAGCCGAACGACUGCGACUGGAGGCCCUGAGCCCGGCCCCGGCGGGCGGAGCUCCAGUGACACCCGGGCGGAGCUUGGAAAGCGACCCCGCCUAUCCAGUUCCCCAACCAUAGAGCUCGGCUGUCAGACUCGGGAACUACAAUUCCCAGGAAGCUGCACGGCAGCGACGUCGGCGU